UCUGAUGGCCGAAUUGAUCCGAUGGAAUUUCUAGAAAAUAAAUGAAUCAUGUCAUGUGAUUGAAGAUAAGAUAAGAUAUGAUCGCAAUUUGAGUUCUAAAACCAUAACUUCUAUGUUUUCUUUUCCUUUUCAUAGUAAUCCUUAGCCCCUCGCGAUGAGUUCAUCAAGUCAGUUUGACUGUCGGCUGUAGUCUAUUCCUUUUCUUCCUCAUCGUUGAGACUUUCUGAGUUUCUCGGACAGUUAGCGCUGACUUCGCCUCAACACUAUUACAAUCCUUUUCCCUUAAGCCCACUAGACACAAUCGAAACGGCUUGAAGACCAUGGCGUCUGAAGAUGUUAUCACCUGGCAUCCUGCUGAUAUAUUCUCUGAUCAGCCAGCCGAUCACAAAGAAUUCGCUCUCAUUGCUUUAAACCAGCCUCUAGAACUUCCGUCUAAUAUCUACAAGAAGCUAUGGGAUAAUGCUGUCUAUCACAUCGCAGCUGACGGUGGAGCAAACCAAGUGUAUGAUAAAAAUCAUAAGACAUCCUUCAAUGGAAAUGCUUCGGACCCAGCUCUCCAAAAUGAGAGGAAAGCUAAAAAUUAUCUUGAUAUUGAUACUAUCAUUGGCGACUUCGAUUCUAUAUCCUCCAGCCUUUUCAAGUAUUUUGAGAAUAAUGGCACGGAAAUUAUUCGAGAUGGUGAUCAGUAUUCCACAGAUUUUACGAAAGCAGUGCGAUAUGUCAAAACAUUUGAGCAACCUGUAGACUCGGAAAGGACCCCGCCAUGUCCCCAUCGGCAGAAGAAAUUGGAUCAAUUGAAGCAGCUACCCAAAUCUCUCGACAUUAUUUGCCUCGGCGGCUUAGGUGGAAGAGUUGACCAAGCCCUUUCGCAACUUCAUCAUCUUUAUAUGUUCCAACAAGAACCAAAUUACUCUAAGGGCAAAAUGUACCUAGUUUCUAGUGAAGCCAUAACUUUUGUUCUCAAGGCUGGAAAACAUAAAAUCAAGAUCAAGGAAGAGGGUAAAUUGCUAAAAUUGGGAAAACAUAUCGGGAUUUUACCAAUAAAAGAGCCAUCAGUUAUUACCACGCAGGGUUUGGAAUGGGAUGUCACUGAUUGGAAGACGGAGUUCGGGGGUGAAAUGAGUACCAGCAACCAUGCGAGGGAGGAUUGGGCAACCAUUGAAACCACGAAGGAUGUUGUUUUUACGAUUGAUUUUGUUCUCAGGAGCUUGGAUGAAUGAGAUCAAUUUGGCCCGACGGGCGAUUCGAUAUAAUUUCAGUCCACCGCAGAAUCAACAUGGUCUCAUGGCCCUGUGCCACAUAUUUGCCAUACAUUCCUCAAGGGCGUAUCUGCUUCCUGGAAUCCAUUUUGGUUGUGGGUACCUAGGUAGCACAUCCUAUCGUACCACGGCUUCAGCACAAAGAAUGCCUGAUGAGGCGGAUUCUACCGAUGGCUAUAUUACUGGCUAGUCCUACGCACCUAUGUGCGCAUCACCCGAUAUCCUACUGGCUGUCUUGUCU